CAGUCACUUGUUUCGCUCCGACUCGCUCCUUUUCGGCCUUUCGAGUCCAAGCGAGAUGGCUGAUUCAGCACAGAAGGCGGCCCCAGCAGCCGCACGCCCACCAAAGCGUAGGGAGCCCAAGACCCUGCCUGAUGGAACACGCAAGCCCAAUCCCUACAAGGUAGAGAAGAAGAGGCGCCUUCCUGCCGUACCUGAGGUCGUGCUGAACCGCAGGAGGGAGAGGCGCGCACACAAGAAGAAGUCUCUGGCUCUCAAGCUCAAGGCCAAGGCAGACAAACGCAAGCUGCGCCAGAAGUACUUCACUCGCGCUGAAGCCUACAUCAAGAAGUACCGUACUAUGGAAAAGGAACAGCUCAGGCUGAAGCGUGAGGCCAAGGCGCAGGGCACUGUCUUGGUUCCUGCUGAGGCUAGGCUAGCCUUUGUUAUCAGAGUUCGUGGUGUGAACCAGAUCCACCCUAAGGUGCGCAAGGUACUGAAGCUGCUCCGUCUCUUGCAGAUCAACAAUGGUGUAUUCGUUCAGCUUAACAAGGCCACUCUUUCCAUGCUGCGUAUUGCCGAGCCCUUCAUCACCUGGGGUUACCCCAACCUGAAGACCAUCAAGCAGAUGAUCUACAAGCGUGGUCAUGCUAAGAUUGAUGGACGUCGUGUUCCUCUGUACUCCAAUACCCUGAUUGAGAAGUACCUCGGGAAAUACGGCAUUAUCUGUGUUGAAGAUAUGGUCCAUGAAAUCUUCACCCAGGGCAAGAACUUCCAGAAAGUGAACAACUUCAUGUGGAACUUCAAGCUGAACAAUCCCAAGGGUGGCUGGAGGAUGAAGACCAAGCACUACGUAGAAGGUGGUGACUUCGGAAACAGAGAGGGUAAAAUUAAUGCUCUCCUUGCUAAGAUGAUCUAAAUGAAUAGAGAAGUGAA